CAGCUCUGGCCGCGUCCACGGUGCAGCGGUCUCGACUCGAAUUAAAUUGACCGAUGUGUUGUGGCUUGAGGUCGAAGUGGCGAUGGGUAGGCCCGUAGACAAAAAAGGGUAUAUCGAGAAGGAAAUUUGAUUUUUCAUCGACUCGUGCGUUAAUGCAGUGAAUGUGUGUCAAAAGUGUCGUUAGUGUAGUGCUUGCUAGAGGAUCACGAUGACGGAAUUCUUCGGGCCCUGGAGCGAGGAUGCGGGCGAGGACGGCGAUGUGGUGGAGACGGUGGAGACCGUGGAGACCUUCACCACCACCACCAAGAAGACCCGCUCAGCGCCGAAGUCGUCUACUACAAAGACGACUACCAUGACGACACCGGCCAAGCUGUUUGGGCGGGAGCUCUCCUCCUAUGACGAGGUGGAUGUGGACGAACUCCUGUCGAAACUCACGCAAGAGGAACUCACAAUGUUGGCCAAAGAAGUAGACCCAGACGACAAUUUUCUCCCACCGAACCAGAGGAACAACUAUCAGUGUGAAAAGGACCCCACGGGUCCAUUAAACCGUAAGAAGUUAAUAGAACACAUCAACAAACAGGCCCUAGAGACACCAGACCGGCCCGAGGUCAAACCUUACGUACCUGGUGUCAUUCGGGGGAAGAAGUGGAUACCGCCACCCGUCCCGGAAAAAAUGCGCGACGCGGAGGAGCAGAUUUCGAUCGACCUCGGCGACGAGUACGAGCAAGCGCUCAACACCGCCUCGCAGGAGGAGAUCAUCGACCUGGCUGCCAUCCUGGGCUUCCACUCGAUGAUGAACCAGGACCAGUACCACGCGUCGCUGCUCAACAAGGGCCAGCCCGUCGGCCUCGGCUGGGACGGCAUCACCAAGGCCACCAAACAAAAGGUUUUCCCAAUGGACCCCCCCAACGACACGGACCCGGACGACACGGUGAAGAGGGUGCAGGAGAAUGACCAGAAGUUAACUGAUCUCAAUUGGAAUAAUAUUAAGAACAUAAGCGACGAGAAGUUCGAGAAGCUGUUCGAAGCGCUGAAGACGAACACACACCUCGAGGUGCUGUCGCUCGUUAACGUCGGCCUCAACGACCGCACCGCACAGCUUCUGGCUGAUGCACUGCAGGUGAACAGCACGCUUCGCGUGGUGAACGUGGAGACGAACUUCAUCAGCCCGGGCGGCGUCGUGGCGCUCGUGCGCGCGCUGCUGCCCACCACCAGCGUCGAGGAGUUCCGCGCCUCCAACCAGCGGUCGCAAGUGCUCGGCAACAAGAUCGAAAUGGAGAUCACGUCUCUGGUGGAACAGAACCCCACGCUCCUACGCCUCGGCCUGCACCUCGAGUACAGCGACGCGCGCCACCGCGUUGCCAGCCAUCUGCAGCGCAACAUCGACAGAAAUUGUCGAGUCCAAAAGCGGGCUAGCGCGUCGCUUAGCUUGCGGCUGCCGCGCGGCCGCCCGCCCGCCGUCGGCAUCAGCGGAGAUUUUUUCAACAUGACCCCUCCCAGCGCCGAAGCCGUCACGCCCACCAAAGACGAACCGAAACCUGUGAUCACGGAAACUGUCGAAGGGUCAGUGCUCGUACCGGCUAAGGAAGCCGAAAUACCGAACGGAGAGAGACAGAUACCGAUUGACGUCGAAAAGCCGGCGGAGACGCCAGUUUCAGAUGCCGUGUCUGAUAGACCAGUAGAGAGUGUGCCGAGUGAGAAGCCUCUGGAGAACCCAGAGGUGGCGAGGAUAGAUGACUCGAUCGUGCUGGCCCAGCGGCCGGACUAUAGCCCCAACCCGCACUCUACGCCAGCAGCGCCGGAGCCAGAACAACGCUUAGAGCCCUGAACUAUUGUGAGUGGCGGUCGCGUCCGGCGCUUGACGCAGUUCACGCGAAGCCGCAGCUACGUCGUGGGCUGGAUCCCUUAGGCCGCGCCUGGCGUUUGUGAUCGUGUAAUGUGCCGCUUGAGAGCCCUAGUCAAGCUCUGUAAGGUACAAACGGGACUAAUGUUGCCUUAAAAACUAUAUUGCUACCUUAUUGCCUUAAAACAGAUAUUUCCACUGUAUUUGGAACUUUAUUGAUUUAAAACGAUGAAAACGAGACUUAAACCGGGCAUUGCCACCAUAUUUUAAACCACAUUUGGCUUAAAAUAAUAGCGACUUGACUUGUUAUGCCUUUUCAAUGGAAAGGAGGUGUACACUCGCGCUUAUGCGCGAUGAUCUAAACACCUAGCUAGAUGAUCUAAUGGUAACUGAGUUUUAUUAACCAAUCAUUUUGUGAGUUUCUAUUAUCAAUAUGACACGUAGUUACUCCAUAAAUUAUUCCAACUAGAAAUUUUAAUCUCCGAGAUCUGUCACUAUGGUUGCUAGAGUCCAUUUAAGAUAAGACCGUGAAAUAAUUUCUAAAAUCUACGACGAAUUGACCACAGCAUAAACAUUUACUUCGAUGGCAAGAUUUGUAAGGAUCAUAUUAGUCUCGUUGUACCUUUAUGAGACUGGCCGUUCGUAUUUUUGUAAUGUUUCUAAUCUGUAUUGCCUUCGUUAAUUUUUUUAUAUCUAGCACUCUACUGUAUUAUGCUCCCUACAACCAUCAACGUAAUUAAAAUUAAGAGAAAUUACAAAUGUCGCAACAUUUUACCAACAUUUGCGAAGUCAUACAGAUUAGAAAUGUUAUUGCUAAUUUUAAACUUCCUUACAUAGGUGUAACGUUUAUAUUAGCUUAAUGUGCUACCUUUAGAAGCUGGUAAGGCUUAUGUAACCUGGACAAUUUUGUAAGUUUGCAGCACACCAACGAAAAAUGUAAGCUCAAAUUUUAUACAGUUUAGCUUUUGUAAAGUACCAUUAGAUGCGACAUGUAUCAAGUUUAUAUUGACUCGAACUGCAAAAUGUUUCUAAAUAAGUACAAUUAUUAUAUCUUAUUCGAAUUUUGUAUUACAAAAUUAUCAAUGCAUUUGUGGCAAAUUUUAUAUUCAGCAUUUUAUGCGAUGUUUUAUUACACCAUCACAAAUACCUAGGCACAGAGUGUAUGUGUGUUUGCUAAGUGUGGGUCUGUGUGAAGACAAGAAUUGGAAUUUUAUACACAAAAACAUAAAUGAAAGUUAUGGCUAUUGGUGGCAGGACCACCAUUAUUUUUUUCGAAGGCAAUGACGUCAUUUUGACAUAAAUUACUUUGAACUUUUCACAUAGUGAACUAAAUUGAUCGUGGAAUUAAUGUAUUGUUCAAUUCUUGUCGAGGUUGGUUGGAGACUGAACGUUUUUUAAUAUUAAUUUUUAUUCUAGUGUGCUAAUGAAAUCGUAUUAAUUUUACUCAUAAUUUGUAAUAUAUUUUAUAAAUGUGCACAUUCCAUUAAUGCAAAACAUGCUUCUUUAGUUUUCGUGUUUUUAUUUGCUCUAUUUAUUUAUUCAAAUAUUUGGUUGUAGUUUUUAAAAACUUUACGCUUAUGUCUCUGUUGGGUAAAGGUGUAUUUAUAUUGCUGCAUGGCGUGGUGUAUACGAACAUUUUGAAUGAUACAGUAGCGACAUGCGCAAGCGUCGGCCUGUCAUGUUCAAACGUGGCACACACAGGCCACGCCUCCUCACGUAAUGCGAAUACACCUUUAUUCGCGAAACAAUUAGAAAUCGAUUUAUGUAUACUGAAUCAAAAUCUUGAUUUCAAGACAGAAACAAGGAAGUAAUGUUCUGCGUCAAUGGAGUAGUAACGUUAACUUUAAAUUUUCAAUAAAGCACCAGGUUUGAGACGCGGUUGUAUUUGUGCCUAGCUUCAGCGCAUUUGCAUCCAGUCACACUGAGGAGCAACGCAACCUCUUGCUUUCUUGAAAGUAAAAAAAUAUAUUUGCUUAUCUUUAAAUGUAACUUUAUGUAUAUUUGAUAGUGAAUCUACUGGGGGAAGUAAGUGUCCAUAACAUUGUGAUAAAACAUCAUGUUUUUCCAUUUAAAAAAUACUGCUUCGAUUUUUUUUUCGUCUGUAGUUUCAAUAAGAGAGAUUAUUUGUAUAUGAUUUUAGUUUUUUUAAUGUAAUAUUCGUUUAUCGUGAAGAUUUACGAAAUUAAAUUUAAAUUAUAUAAUUUUAUCUUAAUAAUAGAUUUAUUUAUGUUGAUAUUCGGUUCAGGAGCAUUUUGGUCCAACGAAAACCUUGACUAGUAGAGUCGCAGUUCUGUAGUUUGUGACAAAUGUAAAAAAUAAAUAA